GCGGCGCUGAGGAGACGGGACGUUUUCGGAGCAAAGGGAGGGCUGCCUAGCUGCACAUAGCAACUGUGAGGCCCACCAUCGCCUCUGGGGUUCCCAGCUCUGUAGCAGGCUGUCUGGGACGCACGGCGUGACCGGGGUCUGCGAACCUCUCCCUUGAUCCUGAAUUUCCCCGGCAGGAAAAAGGAAUCAGACGCAGUGUCACCCUAAGGGCUUCGCUUGAGGAAAGCCGCAACUUCACGGGACACUGUCACAGCUGCUCAGGGCUUCAGGCCAGGUGCCGCGUACCAAAAGCCCAUCUCCCAGAGGACUCCGUAGGCUGCCCGACCGACAGGACUACAACUCCCAGUAAACCCCGAGGGCGGCCUGAACAAGGCACUACAACCCCCAGAAGGCCCCUUGGUCGACCUGACCGAGGGGACUCCAUCUCCCAGUGUGCUCUGCGGCUGUCCUCCCAGCAGUGUCCACAACCAACUAUCCUGGGACUGCACUCGCAGCAUUGUCCCUCCCGCCCCACACCAGCACCCCUCCCGCUGCCUGGAAGCUUCGUCAAUCCACCCUCCACAAGCGCCACCUCAACCAAGCCCAGGGUGUUGGUUGAGCACGCGCUGCCGGCAUCAGGGCAUCAUCGCCUUGGGUGGGCAGCAACGACUGCACCCCAGUGCAUCUAGCUUCUGGAGCUAGAUCACCGUAGCUGCGGUUCGGAAGAUCGAAUAGCCUAGCCUGCGCUUGUCAUGUGGAGGACAGUUGCCAGCAGGACUCCUGUUGAUUGAUUCCGGCGCCAGUUGUCAGAGGGGCUCCGUGGAGAAGGCGGCGUGGCCCUGGACUUUGGAAGGUCUGAUUCUAGAAUCCUCUACGUGGUUCCAAGAGCAAAGAAAAUGAAUACAUCUCCAGUGUUGGUGUCAUUUGAAGAUGUGGCUGUGGACUUCACAUGGGAGGAGUGGCAGGACUUGGACAAUGCUCAGAAGACCCUGUACAGGGAUGUGAUGCUGGAGACAUACAACAGCCUACUGUCCUUGGGAUAUUGUGUAACCAAACCUGAUGUGAUCUUCAAGUUGGAACAAGGAGCAGAACCAUGGACAGUAGAAGAACCCCCACAGCAGAGUCUCCAAGUUGUCCAGAAAAUGGAUGACCUGACUGGGACCAGCCAGGAAAAUCAAGGCAUAACUUUUUGGGAAGUAGUGGUCGUAAACAACAACACAUCAACUGAGGAGCGAGUUGAAUUAAGGAAAACAUGUGAUUUAAAUUCAAGCCAUAUUUCCAAAUUGGUUGUAAAAAAUGAAGAUUAUUCAGAAGUAAGACCUGAGGCAUUUAAUGUAUAUCAGAAUGAGAUUCCCCCUAGGGAGCCAAAUGAGAUGUAUGCUCAAGAGAAACCUGGUGACCAUAAUAUAACUGGGAAAUCCCUGACGUGCUAUGAUCAUCUCAGCCAGCAGCACAAGAUUCAAACUUUACAUCCGCCUUUUGAAUAUAGUGAACAGGUAAAUGUAUUCAACAGGGAGGCAAUAUUCUUUACACCUAAGGAGGCUCACAUGAGAGAGACGCCCUAUAAAUACAAUGAAUAUGGAAUAGCCUGUGAUAUGUCAGGUUUCAUUGUUGGAGAGGCAACUCAAAUUGGAAAAGAAACUUUCUAUAAAGUAGCAGCUUUCCCUAUACAUCAGCAAACAUACACAGGAGAGAGAUUUUAUGGAUAUAUUGGUUAUGAUGAAACUUUCAUUAGCAAAUCUGGUCUUAACAUAAAUCAAAUGACAUAUCCAGAGAAAAAACCCUUUGCAUGUAACCAGUGCGAGAAAUCUUUCAACUGUAAACAAAGCCUUACUAUACAUCAAAGAAUUCACACAGGGGAAAAGCCGUAUGGAUGUUAUGAAUGUGGAAAAACCUUUUACCGGAAGUCAAAUCUCAGGACACAUCAAAUAAUUCAUACAGGUGAGAAACCAUAUGUAUGUAAUGAAUGUGGGAAAACCUUUUACCGGAGGCCAGAUCUCAUUAUACAUCAGAGAACUCAUACAGGGGAAAAACCCUAUGAAUGUCAUGAAUGUGGGAAAACCUUUUGUCAGACGUCCAACCUCAGGACGCAUCAAAGAAUUCAUACAGGUGAGAAACCAUAUGAAUGUAAAGAAUGUAGUAAAACUUUCUCCUGUAAGUCAUACCUCACUCAACAUCUGAGAACUCACACGGAUGAGAAAGCAUAUGAAUGUAAAAAGUGUAGGAAGUCAUUCUACCACAAAUCUCAACUCACUAGACAUCAGCAAACUCACACAGGGGAGAAACCCUAUGAAUGUAAUGAGUGUGGGAAAACGUUUUGUAGGAAGUCAAGCCUCAGCAUGCAUCAGCAAACUCACACAGGAGAAAAACCUUAUGUAUGUAACGAAUGUGGGAAAACCUUCUAUCAGAAGUCAGUCCUUGCUGUACAUCAGAGAAUUCACACAGGGGAAAAGCCCUAUGAGUGUAAUGAAUGUGGAAAAACUUUUUACCGAAAGAAAGUCCUUGACAUACAUCUGAGAACUCACACGGGGGAAAAACCUUAUGAAUGUAGUGAAUGUGGAAAAACCUUUUACCGGAAGUCAGAUCUCAUUAUACAUCAGAGGACUCACACAGGGGAAAAACCUUACGAAUGUAACGGAUGUGGGAAAACCUUUUACCGAAAAUCACACCUCAGCAGACAUCAGAUAACUCACACAGGUGAAAAACCCUAUGAAUGUAAUGAAUGUGGAAAAACUUUUUGCCGGAAGUCUGACCUGACUAUACAUCAGCGAACUCACACAGGGGAAAAACCUUAUGAGUGUAGUGGAUGUGGAAAGACCUUUUACCGGAAGUCACACCUCACAGUACAUCAGAGAACCCACACAGGUGAAAAACCCUAUGAAUGUAAUGAAUGUGGAAAAACCUUUUGCCAGAAGUCACUCCUCACUAUACAUCAGAGAAUUCACACGGGGCAAAAACCUUAUGAAUGUACUGGCUGUGGAAAAACGUUCUGCCGAAAGUCCCACCUCACUGUACAUCAGAGAACUCACACAGGAGAAAAACCUUAUGAAUGUAAUGAAUGUGGGAAAACUUUUUACAGGAAGUCAGACCUCAUUAUACAUCAGAGGACUCACACAGGGGAAAAACCUUACGAAUGUAAUGAAUGUGGGAAAACCUAUUACCGGAGGUCACACCUCAGGACACAUCAAAGAACUCACACAGGUGAAAAAGCAUAUGAAUGUAAAGAAUGUGGGAAAACUUACUAUUCUAAGUCAGCUCUCAAUGUACAUCACAAAAUUCACACUCGGGAAAAUCCAUAUAAAUGGAAUGAAUGUGGACAAACCUACCAGAUGUCAGUUCUCGAUUUACAUCAAAGUAGUCACACAGAAAAUACAGGAGAGACCUUGGAAAUGUAAUGAAUGCUUAAAACAAAAUCAUUAUGUAGGAAGGGUGACCUGAUGAUGCAUCAGAAUCCACGCAGGUGAAACAUCUUAAUAUGGAUGAACUUUUUACUGGAAGUCACAUAUCAUUGUACAUUGUAUUUACACAAGUAUAUUCACACAAGGACAAAACCUUAUGAAUAUACUGAAUAUGGGAAGGCCUUUUAUUAGAAGAUACAUCUCAGCAGAUAUCCGAGAUUUCCAAUGGGAAAACCCAUUGAAUGUGGAAAAACCUUUUGCCCGAAGUCACACCUCAGGACACAAGAGAGAACUCACACAGGUGAGAAAAUAUGAAUGUAAAGAAUGUGGAGAUGCCUUUUGCCAAAAGUCACAUUUCAGCAGGCAUUAGAGCACUCACAGUAGAAAAAUAUCUUAUGAAUAUAAUGAAUGUAAAACAACCUUUUAACAUAAGUCAAGCCUUGAGAAGCAUCACUGAAAUCACAGAGGGAGCCACGCUAAGAAUGUAAUGAAUGUGGAAAAAUCUUUUUCCAGAAGUCAUACACCCAACAGAUUUUAGGGAGCCCACACAAGGAAUACCUUCCAUUCCCAAUAGCUAAUACUGAAUAUGUGUUCCUCAAAAUCUGUUCUCUUCUCUUGAACAUAUGGCUUACAGUUUCAGCCUCCCCUUAUUAUGGGUGGAACCUGAGCUCUUCCUUCACAAAUUAAUUUUGAGAAACAAUAUUCAAGCCCAAACACCCACUUAUUUGAAUUCAUGUACUAAAUUUAUUUACUCAGUUAUUUGGAACGGCUGUUGUUUUGUUUGCCCCUCAUUCCAUCCACCCAUUAUUCUAGUACAGACUGGAUGUGUGACAACAACCUGACUCAUGUGCCAUCCAUAAUGUGGUGCAUCCUACCCUAUAUGAUGAGUCUUUUGUCUGGGGUAGCGGUUCUCUGGUGGUAUAUAUAAUCACAGACCUGUUUUGUAUGGACCUGGAGCUGCUUGUACUACUAGCAGUCUGUGUUUAUAAGGUAUAGGAUAAAAUGAUGUCAUGAACAGAAUGUUGUUGUGUCCUAAAGUCCCAGCAGUCUUCCUGUGAUUAAUACUGGGCCAGUGUUGUUUUUUUUCUUUUUCUUUUGUUUUCCUUAUACUCUGCUGAGGUGGAUUGCUUUUAUUUUUAAUUGAGUCCUGAAGUGACUGAAUUUAUGUGACUUAUCAUGAUACCUCUUUGAUCUUUCUCACUGAACUGUUUGAACCCGUUACACAAAUACACAGUAGAGAACAUCGUGGCAUCUUUAAUAUCCUUUUAAUAUUUUAAAAUUUUACCUACCCUCAUUUUGAUCCAUACUUUUAUUUAAAAUCUCUGUGAAUUUCCAUCACAUAUUCGCAAAGCCCUUCUUGAAUUCUGAUUGGAUUUACAUUCAGUUUAGAUCUCUGUGGAUAUCCACUUGAGAUGAAACAUUUCACCUGGGUAGCAGCCAUUCUUUGGUGACCAAGCUUCAAACACAGUGAUGUCCUGUGAAGAUUUAUCCAUCUUUAGGAUAGUCCUGUGAGUCAGCCCUGUCACAUCUCCCUGCUACCCCCUGGAAAUAGUCUCAUUGGCCCUUGUCAUCUCCCAAGUGCUAAGCAUGAGAAUUCAGACCUUACCUAUUGAGAUAAAAAUAGAUUUAAAGGGUAACAAAUGGUUUAUGUAUUUUAUGAAAACACUAAAAGCCAAAAUACUUCUUAUUUCUGACACAGUUGACUUUGAGGCCAAAAACAUUUUUGUAAACAGAACAAAGUUUAUAUACAGAACAAAGUUUAUAUGGGAUUUAAUCUGUCAAGUUUCUUUAGCAUUUCUAAAUGUGCCCACAAAUCAGCUUUAGCAUAUGUUAUGUGUGCAUAGCAGAUUUCAAAGGAGUAGACAAAUCUAUGAUUAAAUUGCAAGAUAGUCACCUUUUCUCCUUUGUAUUCAGAUGGAGAGUGAGAUGUAGAAAAUGGAGAUGGAAAAAGUAGUAAGUGGAAACAGAAAUGCUCCUGUUUUCAGCUUCAUAGCAUUGGAUGCAAAAUACCUUGAAUAUUGGCUUUCAUUGAUGUUUUCCACCAUCCCAGGAAAAUAUUUAUGGAUAACACAGUAAACAUCCCACAGUGCAGGAGAAAUUAAAUUAGGAGAUAGCUGUAAGAACAUACGGCAACCCAUCAGAUCCAAGACUCUGCAAGUUCCAGAAGAUCUGCCAGGCCCAUCCAGCCUGCCCAUCUAUUGGUGUUGCUGCUUCAGAGCCUUUUUCCAGUAGAGGAGCCUCCUGGAGUCCAUGGUAACCACUUACCCCAAUCUCCUACAGUCAUCAGGAGACCCAGUCCUGAAAAGGGGACAGAAAUGGGAGGAUGUGUGCAUUUUGGUAUGGAUGGAAACAGGGUCACAGUAAAGGCACCACUGCACAGACUUCUUCCUGGGCCACAGCUUUUGAAGUCUGUGUGUCCAAGAAACGAAGUCAGGAGGAUAGGUUGGGGACAGGAGUUGACAACCCACUGUACAAGGAGCGUGGAUUGUGGGAAUGGCAAGCAUUGCCUGGUCCUCAAUCAUCCUGUACAUAUUUCAAUCUUGGUCUGUAUUCUGAGGAGCUGUUCCAGUCAUGUGGACAGCACAGCUAGUCAAGGACCACCAAUAUGGGUGAGUAGGGAUUCCCUUGUUUUCUACUUGCUGUGAUUUGUGCAGAUGCAUAUGGUGCUGGACAUCCUGGGUUCCUUGCGUCCCCUCCCGUUUGCCCAGCAAACUUGCAGCUUCCAUUUGGAACUCUAAGAUUGCCCCCUGGUUCUCUAAGCAAGGGAUGAAAAUGAAUUAUCUCGUACUGAAGUUAUACAUUGUGUGGUAGCACAGUUCAUAGCCCUGUGACCUGGUCUGAGUAAUAUGUUAGCACGUGGUGACUAACAAUUUGUCCACUUGAAAAUGAGGCUAGUCUAGACCCUUUACAGUCUUGACCUGGGUGGAGAAGACCUGGCAGGAAGCAGCUUGGACAAGCAAGUGGUAUGUGUGAUCAAGGCUGACAUGAUCCUUUCCUGGUCUUGGUGUAUAGCUGGCCAGCACUACAGGUACAAUGUCACUAUGCAGAGAUACAAGAGAAUUCAGAGGGGGCGUCAGGAGUAACUAGGGCAGGAUGGGGUCUAGUACAGACCCCAAGGAGUGUGGGUGGGUGCAAAGGUUGUAGUGUGUUGGUGGGCAGAGAUGUUGCUUUCCACCUGCCACCAAUCCCAUCCCUGGUUCUCAUCCCGGUGGGAAUAGAGCAUGAUACCAUCCUUUCUAUAUUCUUUUCCAAUGUAGUCUAUUUCCCUCUUGGAGUUUGUUUGGGGCUUAGUUUUCCCUUUUUCUGGUUCUUAAAGUGGAAGGUUAACUUACUGAUUUCAAGUAUUAAAAAAGCACAUUUCGAGCUACAAUUUCCUUCAUCCUCUUCGCUUUUGUGUGUUGUAUUUUCAUUUUUAUUCAUCUUAUAAUAUUUCCUAGUUUCUCUUUGAUCUCUUUCUAUGACCCAGUGGCUAUUUGGGAAUGUUUCUUGUUUCCACACAUUUGUACACUUCUCAGAUGACUUCCUGUUACUGGCUUACAGUGUAAAUCCAUUGUGUGCAGCUUACAUAAUUUGGUUUCAAUCCUUUAAAUUUUAUUUAGGCUACUUUGGGAGCUAGGAAAUGGUUUUUAAUGGGCAAUUCCAUAUGCAGUUGAACAGAAUAUGUAUUUUGUUGUUUGAUGGUGUGUGCCCUAUUAUAAAAUAGGGCUAAAUACACAGAUGUAGACAUAUCUAUAGUUCUGUGAUGCUCGAAAAUUGAAUAUCCUUAGCCUUUUAUUGUUUCAGCUAUUAUUCAAAGUGGGAUAUUGAUGUCACCAAUUAUUGCUGUCGAAUAGUCUAUUUCUUCCUUAAAUUUUUCCUUUACUUUCCAUUUAAUUUUGAUCUGUUUUGCAUAUAUCUAUAACUGAUAUGUUGUCCAGAUUGACCCUUUAUUACCAUUAAAUGUCACUUAAUUCUGUCUAUUGUAAUGGUCAGUUAAUGUAAAAAGCUCUCUUACAAGUCUCUAGCUUGGGAUAUAUUUUUUUAUCCUUUAACUUUCAAUGUUUCUGUCUUUAAAUUUGAAGUUUUGUGCUAUAUUCAAUCUGUUUUCAAUCACAUCUGGCGUUCUUUUCCUUUUUAGUAAUUUUGAUUUAAAUUGACUGAUUGUUGUAUAUGUUUACAGGGGCACAGUGUGGUAUUUUGAUGAAUGGUAUACACUGCAAAAUGAUCAACUCAGUCUAAGUAACAUAUCCGUUACUGCACAGAUGUAUUUCUUUAUGAUGAGAACAUUGAAAAUCCAUCCUUCUCAACUUUGAAAUGCACAUUACUAUAGUCUCUAUGCAGUGCAGCACAAAAACUUACUCUUUGAAACUUUGCUCUCUUUGACCCAGUGUGUCCCAUUUCCCCCUAAACUCCCAUUGCUAAUUGCCAUUAUUCUUUCUAAUUUUGUGAAUUUAAUAUUUUCAUACUCCAUAUAUAUAAGAGAUCCUGUGGCAGUUGUCUUCUUGUGUCUGGCUCAUGUCACUUAAUAUUCAUUCAUGUUUGUCACAAAUGACAGAAUUUACUUUCCUUAAGGCUGAGUAUAAUUAAGUGCUCCCUCCCUUUUUGUAGUCAAUUUAUCCAUUCAUUGAUGUGUUGGUAGUUUUAUGUCAUAUCUAUUGUGAAUAAUACUAUAGUGAAAAUAGAAGUACAGUUCCUCUGGAUGUAUACCUAGAUGUGGCAUUGUUGUAUGCUAUUUAGUUCUAUUUUUAGUUUUAUGAGGAACUUUCAUACUAUUUUCAUGUCCAAGAAAUCAUUACCUAGUCUAAGGUCAUGUUUUUUUCCCCAGUGUUUUCAUUGUAAUGUCUGUCUUGAUUUGGUAUUAGUGUAAUGGUAGCCUUAUAAAAUUAUUUAGUAUCCUUUCAAUUUUUUACAAAGGUUUGUAGAUUGGUUGUUUAAAUAUUUGGUAGAAUUCAGCCAUGAACCCAUCUGGCCUUGGGCUUUCCCUUGAUGGGAAACUUUCUGUUACUGAUGCACUGUCUCUACUUGUUGUUGGUCUAAUAUUUAUAACUUUAUAAUUCAAUCUUGGUGAGUUAUAUUUUUCUAGAAUUUUACCCAUUUAGGUAACAUAUUUCAUUUGUGCAUUUUUUUCAUAAUAUUCUCUUAUAACCCUUUGAACUUCUGUGUUAUUCCUUGUAAUGUUUCCUCUUUUAUUUCUGAGUUUGUGUCUUCCCUCUUUUUGUUAGUCUAGCUGAGGGUUUGUCAAUUUUGUUUAAAUUUAAGAUAAAAAACUGGAGUUUCAUUUGUAUUAUUAUUUUUGAGUCUCACUUU